AUGUUGCAGGCGGCGGCUUGCCGGUGUUGGCGGCACUGGUGGCAGGCGCGCCCGCGGCGGCUGUGGGCGCUGAGCGCGCUGUGCGUGGCCGCCCUGGCUGGCUGCAACCUGCUGCUCGCCGCGCGGCUGCUCCCGCCCACGCCCGCGGCGUCGCCGUUCCGGGACCUGCGGCUGGCCCGCUGGGACGCGCGCCGCCUCUACCAGGUGGUGGACUCGCUGGUGCCCGGGGACCGCUUCGCCGAGCUGUCCGCGACCUGGCCCGUCUGCCUCGCCACGCAGAGCUCCCUCGAGAGGCUCAGCUCGCUCGUGCAGGUGGCGCACCAGUGGACGGGCCCGAUGUCGGUGUCGCUGUUCGCGGCGGGCGAGGAGCUGCCGCUGGUGCUGCGCUACGUGCGCUUCCUGCGGCGCUGCUACGCGGCAGUGCGCGAGCGCGUCUCCUUCCACCUGGUCUUCCCCCGGGAGCGGCCGCCGUCCGCCGAUGAACCCCGCCGCGCCGCGCUGCUCGGCAACGACUGCCACACGCCGGGCGCCAUGCUCGGCGACCUCGUGCGCAUGCGCACCGCCGACACCAUCAGGUGGCGGACGCGCGCGCCGUACCCGCAGAACCACAUGCGCAACGUGGCGCGCGCCAACUGCCAGGCGUCGCACGUCUUCCUCACGGACGUGGACAUCGUGCCCAGCUCGGGGCUGGCGGAGGGCGUGGCCGCCUUCCUGCGCCGGCCGCGGCCGCCCGACUGCCAGGGCGGCCGGCUGUGCGCCUUCGUGGUGCCCACGUACGAGCUGGACGAGCGCGUGCGCUUCCCGCCCAACAAGUCGGAGCUGGUGCGGCUCGCGCGGAAGGGCCUCGCCCGGCCCUUCCACCAGAAGGUCUUCGUCUUCAACCAGUUCGCCACCAACUUCUCCAGGUGGCAGGAGAGCGGCGGCGUGGGGGAGCCCCAGGAGGUGCACGUCAGCCACAACGUCACCAACUUCGAGUUCCUGUACGAGCCCUUCUACGUGGCGCCCGCCACGGCGCCCCCGCACGACGAGCGCUUCAUGGGCUACGGCUACACGCGGAACACGCAGGUGUACGAGAUGUACGUGGCCGGCUACCAGUUCAAGGUGCUGUCGCCAGUGUUCACGAUCCACUGGGGCCUGCAGACCAAGAAGGGGCGUCCCUCGUGGCGCGAGCGACAAAACUCGCACAACGGCCGCCAGUUCGAGGCGUUCAAGCGCGAGGUGCUGGCCCGUUACGGCAAGGAUGUGCCUCCCCUGUCCGCCCGCAAGAGCAGGUAGCGCACCCGCAGGUAGCGGGCUACCCAUCUGCGCCAAGCCUGCCUCCACCCUCGCUGGCAGUGCUUCCAGCUGUACUCGUCUACACUGGGCUUCGGUACGUUCCAGUGGCGGCAAUCAUCACCAGUUUUCAACAGCUUUUUGAGUAUGGAA